AUGGAGACCGAAAGUGAGCAGAACUCCAGCUCCGCCAGCGGGAGCUCCGGUUCUGGAGGAAGCACCCGUCCUCAGAUAUCGCAGAUGUCUCUCUAUGAGCGACAGGCAGUACAGGCCCUGCAGGCGCUCCAGAGACAGCCCAACGCAGCCCAGUAUUUCCACCAGUUUAUGCUCCAGCAGCAGCUUAACAGCGCCCAGCUUCACAGCCUGGCUGCCGUCCAGCAGGCUACGAUUGCAGCCAGUAGACAGGCCAGCUCCCCCAACACCAGCACCCCGCAACAGACCACCACCACCCAGGCCUCUAUCAACCUAGCCACCACAUCGGCGGCUCAGCUGAUCAGUCGGUCGCAGAGCGUGAGUUCCCCCAGCGCCACGACCCUGACACAGUCUGUGCUCCUUGGGAACACCACCUCACCGCCUCUCAACCAGUCGCAGGCCCAGAUGUAUCUCCGGCCACAGCUGGGGAACCUGUUGCAGGUAAACCGGACCUUGGGCCGCAAUGUGCCUCUUGCCUCCCAACUCAUCCUGAUGCCCAACGGGGCUGUGGCGGCUGUCCAGCAGGAGGUACCACCCACUCAGCCUCCUGGGGUCCAUGCAGACACAGACCAGGUGCAGAACUUGGCCGUGAGGAGCCAGCAGACCUCGGCCGCGACUGCCCAGCUCCAAGGCUCUGCUCAGAAGGCAGCUCUGCCGGGAAGCUCCCCGGCUUCGGGCUUACCGCAGGCCACCAGCACGGGCCAGACCUUGGCCGUGGCUGCGGCUUUCCCCGCCCACUGGGAGAACGCUGCCACAAAGAAGGGCGAAACGGAUGGCGGUGGGCAGCAAACGGUGGGCAUGAACCUGACCAGGACCGCUACGCCGGCACCCAGCCAGACGUUGAUCAGCUCAGCCACAUAUACACAGAUCCAGCCACACUCGCUGAUCCAGCAGCAGCAGCAGAUCCACCUGCAGAAGCAGGUGGUGAUCCAGCAGCAGAUCGCCAUUCAUCACCAGCAGCAGUUCCAGCACCGCCAGUCCCAGCUCCUCCACACAGCCACCCAUCUCCAGCUAGCCCAACAGCAGCAACAGCAGCAAGCACCAUCUCUGACCCAACAGCAGCAGCAAGCUCAGCCUCCGCCACAGCAGGCUCCAGCUCAAAACCAGCAGCAGGCACAGACCCUUGUGGUGCAGCCUAUGUUGCAGUCCCAGCCACAGCCUGUGCAGCUCCAGCAGGACAGUCCUUGCCAGCCAGCUACCAAGUCGCCUGUUCCAAUUCAGUCAAAAUCUCUCGUCGCCCCCAUCAAACCACCUCAGCUUGGGCCUGCCAAGAUGUCAGCAACGCAGCAGCCUCCACCACACAUCCCAGUGCAGGUGGUGGGUACUCGGCAGCAGGGCUCAGGCCAAGCCCAGGCACUGGGUUUGGCUCAGAUUGCUGCGGCAGUGCCGACGUCCCGGGGAAUGCCAGCUGUGGUCCAGCCUGUUUCCCAAGCCCAUGCUGCUUCCCCAUCGUCAUCAUCAUCUUCAGCUCCAGCAUCCUCACAGGAAGCUCCCCCUCUCACCACAGGGGUGAAUUUGGCACAAGUUCAAGGCACAGCCCACAUGGUGAAGAGCCCAGCCUCCUCUCCAGUUGUGGCUCAGAUGCCAGCAGCAUUCUACAUGCAGUCUGUCCAGUUGCCAGGCAAGUCUCAGACCUUAGCGGUAAAGCGCAAGGCAGAGUCAGAGGAGGAGAAGGAGGAGUCACCCAGUAUCGCUGCACUCCUGCCUGCCAGGUCCUCUCCUGUGACAGACAGCCCCAAAAACAUGGAGGAGAAGAGUGGCCUUGGAGAUAAAUCUGAUUCUGCUGCCAUUGUAACCCCAAAUACCACCUCGAGUGAGGGAGCAUCAGUCACCCCGACCUCUGCUCCUGCCCCAAACCUGGCAAUGGUGUCACGUCAGAUGGGAGACUCCAAACCCCCACAAGCCAUCGUCAAGCCCCAGAUCCUCACACACAUCAUUGAAGGCUUUGUCAUCCAGGAAGGAGCAGAGCCCUUUCCGGUGGGUUGUUCUCAGCUGCUGAAGGAAUCUGAGAAACCGCUCCAGGGAGAGGCUGCUUCUGGCCAGAGUGAAAACCUGUCCAGCAAUUCUCCGGGAGGAGACAGUGCUUCUAUGGAGCUUGAUAAGAAGGCAAAUUUGCUGAAGUGUGAAUACUGUGGGAAGUAUGCCCCAGCAACCCAGUUUCGUGGCUCCAAGAGGUUUUGUUCCAUGACCUGCGCUAAAAGGUACAAUGUCAGCUGCAGCCAUCAGUUUCGGCUGCAGAGAAAGAAGAUGAAGGAGUUCCAGGAAGCUAACUAUGCUCGUGUGCGCCGACGGGGAUCGCGGCGCAGCAGCUCUGAAAUUGCUCGAACGAAGAUCCAGGGCAAGCGCCACAGGGGCCAGGAAGACUCAAGUCGAGGCUCUGAUAACUCCAGCUACGAUGAAGCUUUGUCCCCUACAUCUCCAGGACCCCUGUCAGUAAGGGCUGGUCAUGGAGACAGGGACCUGGCGAACUCUAGUAUGGCCCCACCUACCCCAGACCUACAUGGCAUCAACCCAGUCUUCCUGUCCAGCAAUCCCAGUCGCUGGAGUGUGGAGGAAGUGUACGAGUUCAUUGCGUCACUGCAAGGGUGCCAGGAGAUUGCUGAGGAGUUUCGGUCACAGGAAAUUGAUGGCCAGGCCCUGCUGCUUCUGAAGGAGGAACACCUCAUGAGUGCCAUGAACAUCAAGCUGGGACCAGCUCUGAAGAUCUGUGCCAAGAUCAACGUCCUCAAGGAGACCUAACAGCUCUGAAGCCAGAGGUCUCACUUUUGCUGUGACCCCGGGGCAGCUGCCAGCUUUGGAGCAUCCUGCUGGGGCGGGGAAGAAUGGGACAGUCCCCUGUGGUCUUGCAUUCAAGAAGAAUGAGAAGGAAUUUAACUGAUUGAAACUGCGAUGCACAACAAGCCCAUGUCUUGG